GCCAUAUAUCCUGCUCAGCCGCCGUUCACCUUUCUUUCUGCUCUCACCAUCUUGAACCGCUCUUUGCGCUCGUACAUUUACGUUACUCACAAUGCCUCGAGUGCGAGCUGCGGUCAAACCGCCUGGCGGCUCUGCACAAGCCCCCGCCCCCUAUCCUGCGGGAGCAUCCUCCAUGGCAGUCAAGAGACCACCACCAAUCAAACGGGCAGCAUCCGAGUCACAAGUUCUACCCCCCACGCCUCCUCGUACGACCCACAAGCGCAAGCGUCGCUCUCGAUCUCGCGUUACCGACUCGUCCUCUGAGGACGAGGACGCGCACGAUGUUCCGGAGCCUGAGUCCGACGAGGAGGAUGGACGGAGCGGCAAGAAGAAGGAUGGGGAGGUGCACAUUGGCCACAAGAAGAGGAAGACGAUGACUUUGGACGCAAUCGCGGAGGAGCUCAGCCAGGCUCGCGCGGAAGAGAUAUUCUGGAUGGGCGAGGACGCGGCUGGUUCGUCAAAUACCGCAGGUCCGAGCAGCAGCAAGCCAGCCCACAGGGUGGUCAAGAACCGAGCAUCCACCAGGGCACGUUCUCGCACGCGUUCGCCGUCGUCGUCGCCGCCCCCCGCUCCGCAUCUCCUGCGACGCGGCCACACGGGGUUGAUCUCGCCACCGCCCUCUCGCCGGGCGCCUGUGGUUGUCCCCCGGCUGGCAACGCCACCUCCUGAGCCAGUCAAGGAGAAGGGCAAGGGCUUCCCCGAACGCGACUCGCCCAAUAACCCGUUUCUAGCGGACGACUCUCCUGGCUCCGUACCGGCCAGCGAAGUCCAAAGCUCACCGGAACCACGCACCCCUCAGAAGCAUGUGGAGAAGCCAACGCUCACUUAUGUCUUCCGUGGUGUGAAAAUGCUCGUGUCCAACCCGCAUUACACAUCCGAGGAAGCUGCCGCAGAAACUGAGGCGCGAGCCCAGCUGCCCGUUACCCAUCCCGACUUCUCUCCAUCGGACACGGCCGCUCCCAAGCUUCUCUUCCCUGAGGCGAGGAAGCGCGACCUUGCCCGUAGGCGGGCUCAUCCGACUGUUCCUCGCCCCACGUCGCCGACUCCCACAACCACCAGGCGUCGCGCCGGUUCAUCUUCAAGCGAUGAAACACGUGAUGUGGCUAACGGCGCCCCUGGUCCAUCUACCGUCCUAGAGCCAGAGGUAGAUACGGAGGCGAUAGCUGCAGCGAUGGCCGCGCGUGUUGCGAGACGCAUGCACAAGGGCGUGUUCGCGGAUGGAGACGCACCUCGCACGAGGCCUAGCAGCCGAAGCGGCGAACCUCGUCUCCCCGAGAAGGACCGCACGGAUCCGCUGAAGCGCGCCCUUGGGCCUGUCCGCAAGCGGUAGUCCGAAACGACCUGUCGUUCGACGCAUAGCUUGUCAAUAUCCUUCUGCUGUCCAUGGUGCUCCUCAGGUUUUGCCUCUAUUCGUCCGGCUAUGGCUCCAUUAAUGCUUCCCCUAUUGCGCUGACUCAUGCUGUCGCGCUGUCAUUACGUAUCCUGACCUGCGACACCCACAAACUACCCUACUCAUACUCCCAUCCUAUGCCUCCUAUCCGACCACCCUAUCCGUCUAUCACACGCCUUUUGCGCUAUCCGCGAUACGUGCCCCUUGCGAUACCUCACAUCCUACUCUUCCAUCCCUAUGUUA